GCCAGGCGCCCAGACAUGGGGAUCUCCCGGCGCGUGGGCGCUCGGGCAGCCCCCCGGCUUCCGCUCCCCGUCCUGCGGCGGCUGCUGCUGCUGCUGCUGCUGCUGCUGCCGCCCAGUGGUCACUGCCAGAAGUUAUAUUCAGGGUGUGGGCAACGUGUUCCAAGAGGGAAGAUCCUUGGGGGUCAGGACGCUCUCCAAGGGAAAUGGCCGUGGCAAGUGAGCCUGUUCUUCAGGGGUUUCCAUAUCUGUGGAGGCUCCAUCCUGAACAUGAACUGGGUGCUCACGGCUGCCCACUGCUUUGACCAGUCCCUGAAUUUACUGAACUACUUUGAAGUGUAUGCAGGCUUCACAGACCUCAAGAUGAAAAAGUAUGGUCAGCAGCGAGAGAUCAGACAGGUGAUCAUCCACCCAAAAUUCAGGGUCACUCACCCAAAUGGAAACGACAUCGCCUUGGUGCAGCUGAGUAGCUCUUUGAAAUUCAAUUCCUUAAUCCUCCCGAUCUGCCUCCCCAACUCCACCAUCAAUCUACAAAGCAUGGACACGUGUUGGGUUACAGGGUGGGGAAAGAUCAUACAGUCAGGUCCAAUGGUAGACCAACUUCAGGAGAUUCAAGUACCUCUUCUUGAUCAGUUUUUAUGUCAGAUCAUAUAUGGAAGCACAUUUCUCAUCCAGGAAGACAUGAUAUGUGCCACUGACCUAUCACUUUACAAGAGCCCAUGCCAGGGCGAUUCUGGAGGACCCCUUGUCUGCGAAUUCAAUGACACCUGGGUCCAGAUUGGGGUGGUGACCUGGGGCAGAGGCUGCACCGUGCCUCUCUUUCCUGGUGUUUUUGCUCGAGUUCCUUUCUUCUCAAGAUGGAUCAAAAGGACCAUGAAAUCCAUGCUCAUCUCUAGAUCCACAACUGUCGCCAUUUCCUGGACAGUUCUCCCGACUCUUCUGCUGUUUCUUCACGUGCUGAGAAUCCAGUGACCAUCCCAUCUGUCUUUCCUCCCUCACUAGCAUCUUCAGAAACCUCUCCUCUUCCUCUGAAUUCCUUCUCAGCUCUUAGGCCUUCACCAAGACCUCCCUUCUUCGUUUCACUCCAUCUGUCUGGUCUUCAUGCUAAUCCUCCCCUCCCCUUCCCUUGGACGGGAGGAGGUGGUAUUGAGUGAGAUGGAAGAAUGUUGGGUCCUGGGGCAUGAGGAGGUGAUGAUAGGAAUGGGGUGCUCGUUUGUGGAAGGGAAGGGAGACACCACGGUCUGGGUCUCCUUAGAGAACUAGGAUUCCUGGGAUGGUGUGGUGGAUGUUGGGA